GUAAAAUGUUUUGACCAUUUUGAAUUUAUUGAAAUUAACUACAUAAAUAUUACAAAAAUGUGUUUUAUCUUGUUAUAAGUAUCUAAUUAUAUUUUAUGUUACAUAUUCAGUACAAAACUACUUAAUAUAGAAGGUAUAUUUUGUGAUAUCUUUUAAAGAUUUGGGUGUGUGGUUUGGUAACAAUCAUUGUCGCGCUACACCUGAAUAGUUUCAUGAGCUUAAAACUAUAUUUAAUAUUGUAUUGACCCUUUAAAAACAGGCCACAAAACUUGUCGCCGAAACAAAAACAUGGACACAACAUCUAAUAAUACAGCACUAUUUUUGCAUAAGUUAUGCGAAAGUCUGUCACCACAAGAACCAGAUGGUGCUUAUGAAUUAGCACUGUCAUAUUUAACAUCUGCUAGUGAAAAGUCUCGGACUCUUCAAGAUGAGAAAUUGCUGUGUCAAAAGAUUCAUUCUCGCUUGACAGCUGUUUCUGCAAAAGAUGCUGACAAAUUCAAUGAAUCAUAUGCUAAACUAAAGAAUACAUUUGCCUUAAAGCAAAGUACCUCUGUGCUAUCACUUCUAUUGGCAUUGUCGGAAAACGCAACUCCAAGUGACUCCACACAACAUCUAUUUCAAGUUCCCAGUUUGUCUGUUCCUAGUUCUACGACUAAUGUGCCUGGGUCUAAGUCAAACACAAGCAAAACAACAUUGGGCUCACUGAGUUGGACGAGUACUGCUUUAAAGCCCAAUGCAUCAUCACAAACUUUACUGUCUUCUAAUAGCCAACCUAUCGUUACACAAGAUAAAGUAGGCGAGCGGGCUUGCGUACGCGACGCAGUACUGGCGGCGUCCGGUGUUAAAACUUGUAAGAAUGAUAUUUGGCCCCGCCCAGUUCAAAUUUUACAUUCUCGAAUAGCCCAUCUCGGAUUUCUACAUGACAGGUUAAAGGAGUUUAUUGACCCAACCUCAGGACUGAUGCCACAAGGAUUGAUGGGAGAAGGUUUGGUAGCAUCAAUAAGAGACGAAUUAACCGAAUACUAUAGGAGUAUUGCACUUUUGCAAUCACAGGUGUGCGAGGGAGAUGGAGGUGGGGCGACGCUGCGUCGCAUGUGCGUGUGGGCGCAGGAGCCGCUGCACAGACUCACCUGGCUCGCGAAUAUCGUACACACGGCGCAACAUAAAAAAGGCGGUGAGCUGGCGUCUUGCGUGCACCGCUUCGUGCGUCACGGGGACGCUCGCGUGGCGGCGCUGGCGCGGCGGCUGCUCACGCAACUCACAGCGCCGCUACUACUCAUGCUCACGCGGUGGCUGCUACACGGUGAAAUCGAUGAUCCAUUCAAUGAGUUCUUUAUCGAAAGCAGAAGCGGAGUGCCGAUUGAUAGAAUGUGGCAUGAUAAGUACAGAGUGAGGGAGUGGAUGGUCCCGUCGUUUAUGUCCCGCGAACUGGCGGCUCAGAUCCUGGCGACGGGCAAGAGCGUGGUGUUCAUGCGGGAGGCGUGCGCGCACGACCCCGCCCCGCCCGACCACGCCCAUCACCUGCGAGCGCUGCUUGAACCCACAGCGUCAGGCGGUGAGUGGUGGGCGGGGGAGGUGGGGUCGGGCGUAGCGGGCGCGCACGCGGCGGCGGCGACGCGGCUGCUGGCGGCGCUGAGCACGCACCAUCAUCUGCUGGACCACCUCGCCGCGCACCGCCGCUACCUGCUGCUGGCGCAGGGCGACUUCGUGCACCACCUCAUGACACUCCUGCAGGAGGAGCUGAACAAGCCGGCGACGUCGCUGUACGUGCACAACCUGACGUGCACGCUGGAGGCGGCCGUGCGCGCCACCAACGCGCAGUUCGAGCCGCCGCACGUGCUCGCGCGCCUACACGUCAACCUCUACCCGAACUGCGACGGUCGCGAAGACAGCGGGUGGGACGUGUUCGCGCUACAGUACCGCGUGGACGGUCCGCUCGGCACGUUGUUCCCGGCCGCAUGCGCUGCGCGCUACCGGGCGCUCUUCUCGCAGCUGUGGCGCGUCAAACGCACAGAAUACGCGCUGCACGACGCCUGGCGACACCACACCAUACUCAGCAAGCGACUCAAGCGGAUGCCCGAGGUGUGGGGCGUGAUGCGGCGCGUGUCGUGUUUGCGCGCGGAGGCGUUGCGGCUGUGCGGCGCGCUGCAGGAGGCGGGCGGCGUGGGGGCGGAGCCGGCGUGGGCGGAGCUGUGCGCCGCCGCCGCCGCCCGACACCCGCUAGACCGCCUGCUGACGCUGCACCAGCGAGCGCUCGACCGACACGCCAUACACGCGAUGAUUCAUCACACCACGCAGGAACUUCAAUCAUACUUGGGGAACGUUUUGAACGAGACGCUGGCGCUGCGAAGUUUCGAGACGACCCUACACGCCGGUAUCAACGCUGAACUAGACCGGAGAGAAAGUCUGGAGCAAUUGAAAGCUGAACGAGCUUCGAGAGGGGAAUAUGUUUUGACUGCUGCCGACGAAGCGUUAGAUAAGGAGAAAAGAAAAAUAUUUUUGCAAUUUUUGGCUAGUCGAAAAGCAGAUUUAAAUGUCUGGACUCGCACAUACAGGGGUCAUGUUACAACUCUUAUUCUGAAGCUCGCCCUGCAUUCGGAAGUUUCCCUUCAGACUCUAGCAUUCCGCCUUGACUAUAGCGACUUUUAUAAGAGAGGCGACGCGAAACUGCACGAACCCUUAACAUAUCAGCACAAAAGGCUCAGCGAGAUUGGGAUUAAUUUAGCUAAGACCAAAGUAUUGGAGCGAACGAGGAAGAAAUGAAGGAGUUAUAUUCUUAUAUUUUUCUAAUCCAUUAUUAUAGUUUACACUUAAAAACAAAUGAAUCUCCAAAUAUAUAAUAUUAUGU